GUGACAUGGACAGCUCACUGGAAAAGACAACUAUUUCUUUAUCCAAAUGUUCUUUGGAGUCAGAGUUUACCCAAAGUGGAAGAGAUAACAGCAUCUCUAGUGAUUUCUUACAGAGCUUUAAAGACUGGGGUUGCUUUGAUGAUGAGCAAGAUUUUAUUUCUGAUGCAAGUGAUCUGGACAUAGAAAAGGCCAUUAAAUGCUCUGAAACUGAUUCAGUUCAAAAUCCAGCUACAUACAAGGGAACAGACAGCAUCCAAGCAUCCCAUCUGGCUGCAAACAUACAAGAAAAUAAUGACCAAAAUAUUACUAAUGGUUUGAUAAGGAAAUUUGUGAGUGGAACUGGUGCUCAAGUAUGCACUUGUCAAGGCUUAAUACCACCUCACAUCAAGCAAAUUUAUGAUGAAUUAUUUGUCAUACAUCAGAAGCUCCAGAGAGAAAGUUCAGCACAGCAAGAGCAUGCCCUGCACCUCCAGAAAAGAGAGCAUUUUCUAACAGAGAGAGAAGCAUUGCUCUUUAGACAUGAAGCAGCUUUGGCUAAAAUUAGAGGUGUAGAGGAAGAAGUUCACACAAAAAUUGGAAUUAUAAAAGAGCAACAUGAGGCAGAAGUUAAACAGCUGACAGAAGCCUUGAGAGAAAUAACUAAAGAAAAUAGGAGGCUGAAGUCAUCAUUUGACACCUUGAAGGAAAUGAAUGACUCUUUAAGAAAACAGUUAAGUGACGUAACUGAGCUGAACAAGAAGUUGGAAGGUCAAGCAAGAAAAGUACAAGCUCGUUUAGAGAACCUACAAAGGAAGCAUGAAUUUUUAAUGAUACAGAAGUCUAAGGAUAGGCAUCAAGUAGUGCAACAGUGUAAACCUGUCAAGCAGGAAAAAGUGAUGGUAACACCAAAAAUUGCUAAGCUACCCUUGAAUUCACAAGUUUAUGAGCUCCUAACUUAUCUUAUGGAUUGGAUCUCAGACCAGCACCUUAGCAAAAUAAAAAUACCAGAAGAGAGAGAGGACAGUCAUAAACUUCUGGUUACCCAGACCUCCAAAAAAACCUGCACCCAGGAAAGGUGUAUGAAGCUUUUGCCUAUAGUUGCUGAGCAACUCCAGUGGAUGCCUUUUGUGAAUCCUAAACUACACGUGCCUGUGGUUAAAUUUAUAUACUGGUCAAUAAGACAGCUAGACACUGGUAUUCAGCAUGCAACAAUAGCAUCAACCAUGAGGAGACUGGGAGAAGAUAUUUUCAAAGGCAUAGGAAGUAAGGGCAACCCACAUGGUUCUUCUGAGAGGUCUACAGAGAGUAAAUCAAAAUCAGCAGCUUUCUUUAAGAGUUCCUGUAUGCCUUUGAGGUUCCUGUCAACUUUAAUUGUGCUUAAAACAGUGACACAAGUGGAUUACCUGGCUCAGGCCUUCGAUUCCCUUCGCAUAGACUUGAGGACAGAUGAAGGGAAGGCCUUAUUUUUGGAACACCAAUGUGUGCCUGUCGUGUUAAGUCACUUAAAAGUAUCCAGUAGAGGUCUGCUUUCCAGUGCUCUUGAUGGAUUGCUUCAGAUGACCAUGGAAUCUGGUAAAUUUGGUAUAUCUGGUCCAGUGGGUCCAGGAUCCAGGUUUCCAUUGCAAGUUCAUACAACAUUGACAGUGCUGAUCAGGCUUUCAGUUACUGAAAACAUGAUGCCCAAUCCAACAGUUGAG